AUGGACGAGACAGUUGAUAAGAGAGUUAAUAGCACCUUUCAGGUAUCCAAAAAAGAAGGAGAAUCCAGGUCAGGAGAUGGAAAAGGAUCCGGUCCCGAUAUAUACUCUGUUUGGCCUCGAAGGGAAGCUAAUAGAGCCACCAAUUACAAUAAGAACCAUAUGGGACGCUGUAGCCCUCCUUUGGACAAUAUAUAUAAUGAGAAAGGAGUCUUACAAGGAAAUGGAGCUUCAAGACCAGAAAAAAUAUUUUUCCAGAAUGCUAAUUAUCUUGGCAAACUAAACUAUGAUGAUGGAACCGAAAAUGCUUAG